GUCUCAGUCAAACAGAUCCACAGAGCACAUUCCCACAGAUGUUUGCUGGUCGGCGCCGUUGUGAUUUCACACGACCAUGAAGGAGCCAGAGACGAGGAAUAAUGAAUAUCGAGAUGAUUUUGAAUGUAUGGACACUAAUGAGGACAGAGUCUUCUGGAAAAAAGAUCCCGCACCUCCGACGACCUCAGCGUGGCGUGCAGGCAGGGCACCGUCACAGCUGUGCGCGGUCCUGUCCGUGUCUAUACUGCUGCUGCUGAGUCUCAUUAUCGCCCUGUCCGUCAGCAAUGCCAAGGUGGACAGAAGGUUCACAGUCCUGGAGGACACCGUGGCCAACAUCAGCACGUUGCUGACGUCCGUCACCACCAAGCUGCACAUGGGAAAGGACACUGAUGAGAACUUCCACACAGAUAUCAGCAAGCUAAAAGUCUCAAUGGAAACCGUUGAAAACCAGCUGACUUCUGUCAUCAAGUCCCUGAAGGCAAUUGAUGAACUAGAACCUUUGAAGACCCAAGUUUCAGAGCUGAAAUGCAGCAUUGACAAAAUGACCAAAAACGUCAGCACAGCAGGCUGCUGUCCAGUCGACUGGACGUUCUACUCCACCGCCUGUUACUAUUUCUCCAGGCAGGCCAUGUCCUGGGACUCGGCAAAAGAAUACUGCACCAGCAAGCAUUCCUCCCUGGUGAUGCUGAGAGACGACGCAGAGUGGACCUUCGUGAGCAGGAGAACCAUGCCGCAAUAUUACUGGAUCGGCCUGACAGAUGAGCGGACCGGGACCUGGGAGUGGGUGGACGGGACGCCGUACGUCAUGGACAGAAGGCGCUGGAAACCGAACCAGCCGGAUAACUGGAGACAUCACGGCUUGGGAGGAGGCGAAGACUGCGCGCACCUGCACGACGACGGCAGGCUCAACGACGACCACUGCAGCCGGCUGUACCGCUUCGUCUGCAAAGCCAUAGUGUCCGAAGCGCCCGAGUGACGGCAAAAGCCACGC